AUGUCUUUGCAGGCUCAGUUGUCUCUGAUGCUAGUAGUCGUGUCUAUUGGAUCUGCCUUCGUUGUGUCCUAUGAGCAAUUUCAGAAAUUCCCGGUUUCGCCACAAUCAUUCACAGCACAAGAGCCCCUCAAGAAACCUGCUCGCAGGCUUGCCAAACCAUUGAUAGGGGAUGACGGGCGGGUAUAUGCCUGUUCGGAGAAAACAUUCUAUUCUUUCCAUAAAAAUGGUUCCAUUGCUUGGACAAUAACUCUCAACUACUCAUGCAAUUCGCAUAUAGCUCCAGAGCACGGUGGGUCAAGAAAGAUAUAUUUGGUUGCAGAAAACAGAGUUCUAAAAAUCAAUCCUUUGAAUAAUGAUCCUUAUUCUACUGUACAAGAGUUCUUUGGCCCAGAACCGGGGGAAAUUAUUGGCCUCGCUGUAAGCGUAUCGAGUUCAUGUGUUAUCAUCAAUGUCAGAAACAGGGGGCUUUUUGCAUAUAGAUUGCAGGGACAACUGCUCUGGACUGCUGGCCCUGUACUUUAUCAACACGGAUAUCGUCAAGGUUGUAGGAAAAACAUUUCAGACUGUUACUUUUCAUCUAACCCCGUGAUUGAUCAUUGUGAAGCUAAUAUAUAUAUCUCAAAUACUGAAGGAGAGCUGUAUGCAUUAUCAGUACGCAGUCCUCAUUUCAAAUGGAUCCAGGAUCUUAGUUCAUUUGACACGAGAUUUACAGUCACCCCUGCAAACAAUGGCCUCUUGUAUGUUACUCUCCCUGAUCGAGCUCUACUGCUGGCACUAGAUGUUUACACGGGAAGUAUUCUGUGGCAGGGAAGCACUGGGCCUCUAAGCUCAGAAGAUUAUGCACCGGCUGUUGAUUCCAAUGGCUGGAUAUCCAUCGGCUCACUGGAUGGAUUCCUGUACUCAUUUUCACCAACAGGCUCACUUAAGAAAUUUCCUGAAGUGGCUAAUCCAAGUUUCAUCAUCCAAGUUAGUCCUAUCAUUGAUUGCUCUGGGUAUGGAGUUUAUGUGUCUCAGACAGAGAUGGAGGGAAAAGUUGGCCACACGAUUGGAGAUUAUAAUUUCAUCUCAGCCUCGAAACCAAAAAGUGUUCUGUUUACAAGAAUUGUUCCAGCUACCGGUGCCGUUGACUGGUUCGAGAGCUACCCUCCGGGUCAAUUUUCAUACAAGCUCUCUCAGAGUGAUUUGCAGCAAUUCAAGCUGGAUGAGAGUAUCAUUCUCUAUUUCUUUGCAGCUUCAAGUAUUGGAAACUCAUUGCCCUGUCGCACCACACGUCAGAAGUUCGCCUCCAGCUGCUCACAAGCUAGUGCCAAGAACAUCAGCAUCUAUACAGGCAAUGAGAAGACGAUUAUGUUACUUUUGUUGCUUGAAACUACAAUAAUGGUUACACUAGCAGCACUGGUACGAUAUUGCUGCGUAUUUUGGAAGAAAAGGAAGCUUCAAAGUCAAGGUCUUGGAAAAUUCCUGGAGAAGAGACAUUCUCUUAGGCUCCAGAAGAAAGCAUUUGAUAGGAGUAUUACAGAACUUGAGCAGAAAGCUGCAGAGGAAGCUGUACCCAAUGAAGUGCUGGAACAGCUGAGCGUUUUGGUAAAAGAAAGGGAAGGCAUACAAAGGAAGCUCUCAACAACAUAUAGUUUGGGAAGGGAUGGAGCUGGUUUGCAACCAAAACCUGUCCUCCCUUUGUCUAAUGGGAAAGCAAGGAGCUAUUCUUUCCAGGGUGCAACGAAAGAAAGUGUGACCAUCUUUCACACAUUCAGUGAUACUGAUACCUCGUCAGAAUUUGGGGCUGACGAGGAUUUGCCUGAAGAAAAAGAUUCAACAGUCAAGGGUAAGGGAAAAGCACCUGUUGAAGUACGGAGUUCAAGUGAUAAUGAGAUUUAUGAAAAGGAUCACCGGAUAAGUCCAUCAAUCUUAGCUUCAAGCUCAAGAGGAUUUCCAGAUCGUGUGUUUAGUGAACGUUCGUUCAAUGAAAUAGAAGAAGAUGGAAAAACUGACGAGGGACAGAACAAAACUGCACAGAUUGGUGGCAUGAGCAUAAGGAGGAGGGCCUUGUCUUCACUAGAUAAGAAGCUGGAGUUUUUUGGGCUUAGAACCAAAGAUACCUCCAAUGUAGUCUGACUAACGUUCUCAAGACGAUCAUUCUCAAUGUUUGUUGCCGAUUUUCCAUCAGAUAUACAUUAUAGAGACCGUAAACUCCAAUUAUGAUCAACAGAGGACAAGUCGGUCAAGAAGGCUGGUUUUGCCACCCAGAAUGAAUUUCUUGAAAUAUGCUAGUAAUUUGUUAUCCAGAAAGAAAGGGGAGAAAAAAUAAAAGGUAACUCAUAUAUCUAAUUGACUAGAUUAAACACAAGGAGAAGCAACUAUUACUAGAGUUGUUGGAUGUGAUGGAUUAGGAAGAGACUUAAAAGCACUUCUUCCGUGCAACUUACCGUAGAGUAGA